AUGCAUUCACCAUUGCCAGCGAUCAAGAAGUUCUGCCGAGCUGCCAAAAGCAUGGUGAAACGCAAAAGGAAAUCAAAGCGUCCUACUCCAGCUAGAACUGACUUGGCUAUUACGUCAGUAACGAUACCGACCCAGAAUGAUGGUGCGCCCACAUCUCCUUCUUUCUCCAUGGGAUCUAUGGUUACUUGCGCGGAAGGCUCGUGGUAUAGUGCACCAAGCGAUAUAUUCGAGAGAGUAGUUGGAUUCCAGGAUGCUUUUCCCAACGGGGAAGCGUCCUGGGGUGAAGAAUAUGAAGAAUAUGAGGAAUAUAUGGGAUAUGGGGAAUAUGUGGAAUAUGAGGAGUAUGAGGAGUAUAAAGAGCAUGAAGAGUAUGGAGAAUAUGAGGAGGAAUAUGAGGAAAAUGAAGAACGUGAAGAAAACGAACACGAGUAUUUUUGGGAAGAAAUGUGUGAAUUUUUCCAUGCGGAAGGAGAUGUCGAGAACGUAUUGAACGCAGUUGCGGAUGCGCUUCGUGUCGAUGCGUUUAGGUUAACAAGCUGUACUUCAAUCGGCUCAAAUAAUUCUGGGAUAGAUUUAUUCAAUCAUGAAAGAUUUAAAACUCUUCCCUCAUUCCCUCUAUCUGAGCUCGAUGAAGAAGAGAUGGAAACAAUGCAGCAGCACGUCGAUAUACCUUUGGAAAAGCUAGAGGAACAGGAAGCUGAAAAGACUUCGAUGAGUUUGAUGCGAACGAUUAGCAACACGUGGACUGAGGUUAAAAUGAACCUGCGCUCGAAAAUAUCUAUUCGGUCUUUCCAGUCAAAGGCUACUUGA